CGGUUAAGCCAACGCCCUCCCAAUCCUUUCCUCUCGGUCUGCCACAGUACUGACAUAUUAAACGCGAAGUCGCGUGCUUCAUUUUCUCUUCACGCUGUCUUUUGAUAGUAUAUACUUUGUUAGCGUCUGCUGAUACCGAACCUGCUCAGAAGGUGUUAUCUUAUUGGAAUACAUUUGCAGAAUGGCAGAAACUGACGCAAGUCCUUGUGCAAACUGUUUGGAGAAACUCAAGAGCUAUCUGCGCACUCGCAAAGGAGCUAUCCUGACCGCGGAAAUAAUCAUCAGUUUCAUCAUCAUUAUCUGUUAUGCUGCAUCAAGGUAUGGAGGAUAUUCAACAGUUGCCAUCUGUGAGAUGGUCUUUGCCAUCAUCUUCUUCGUUAUAUUCAUGAUGGAGUUUGACAAACAGUUCCUGACCGUGAACUGGCUCUGGAGUGAUCUGUUCCGUGCUGUGAUUGGUGCACUUCUGUAUCUCAUCACCUCUUUGAUCUGUGUGAUUGGUGGAGCUGGGGAUGGGGCUCGAAUUGCUGGUGGGGUGUUCGGCCUACUGGCUGGGAUCUUGUUUGGUUAUGAUACCUAUACAAUCUUCAUGGGCAUCAAGAGCAGCAGACAGCAUACAGCUGCUCCCACAGAUGACACAGUUUGAAAACUACUUCCCUCACUACAACAUUAAAAGCAACCAAAACAUGGAGGAACAUUUAAAAAUUUGCUAAAUGGGAGAAUUCCCAUGAGUAUUUACCAAUUACGCGAAGUUACCACGAGACUCAACAAUGAGAACUGAAGAGCAGAGGUGUGCAAAGAAUGAAAAUAAUUCACAAAUAAGACUGAAGUUUAUGUUAAAAAGGGAUUGAGUGAUCGAGACGUACUGUAAGAUUAGUGAAAAGCAGGUAAAAACGGCAUAUUUGAAGUUGGCUUCAAACAUUUGCUGUGAUUGUCUUGGUCGGAAGACUUUUGUCUCCACAUAUUUGUCACCUUGCUUGGUUAAAAAAGCUCAACAUAUUCUAAGAUGUGACAUUAAUUGAUUGUAGGAAAUAAACAUUCUUGUCAAUCUCUGUUUUCCCUUUAUUUCCUGGACUUGUUUUGGCCCUGUAAUUUGAAAGGAAGUUGCAAUUAUGUUUGUUGGAAAACUUGAUCUGGUUCAUUCAGUAUUUGUAAAUUACUAUUUUCUAAUAACUAUAUAUUUUUUGUGUGCCUAAAAUAGUGUUUAAACAGGAUUGGGUUCAGUUCCACUUCAAUUCAACCAGUUUAUAAAUAUUUAACUCAGGUUCUGAUCAGAAUCUAACUUGAAAAAUGAUUUUAGGCAAUUAUGGAGUGAAAUUUCAUAUGUAAAAAGGAUUUUCUGAUCGUUUAAAUUGAAAAGAAACUGAUCUCAACCCUGAUAGCAAGUUCACACAUCUAUCUGUUUGCACAAUAAGUUCAUUUUCAUUAAUCUUGCUUGCGUUUUGCCAUAUAACCUGUUACCUCAAAGGUUGCUCACUAUCUUGAUGUCAAAUGUGUUCUUUUUUUAUUAUUAUAAUAAACUGAGUCAUAU